AUGGGUGGUUGCUGUUCCUCAACGGAAUCAAUUGAUUUUGACUCCAUUACGCCUGUUGUUUUAAGAGCGCAUGGACCGAUGUAUAGUGGCACAACUGGAAGAGGAAAAUGUCAGACAUUGGGUGGUGCUGAGUUAGUCUUAACGGAAGAUUGCUUUUAUAGUCAAUUAUUUAUGGGAUGUUGCGGUGAUAACGGUCUACUUCGUAUACCAAUUUUAUCCAUUAUCGAUGUUCGUGAACAAGCAUGGUUUAAUGGAAAAUAUCGUGUCGAUCAUCCACAUAUGGUCAUUACUUACAUCACAGAAAAAAAAGUUGAAGCACAAGCAGGAUGGCAAAUGGACAACAACACGUAUACACAAUGGAAAACAGCCAUUGACGAAUUAAAACAAAAACUAGAUCAUGCAUAA